CAUGUACAAAUACGUUGCUCCUGAGUAUAAGCUAAACUAUUAAAAAAAGCUGAAACUUCCUGAAAAUACGGUAUAUAACCCCACCACGGCUCAUAGUGUUUUAUAACCAUGAUUCAAAGACUAACACUGAUGAAAAUAGUGAUUUUUUGGUGUUUUUAAUUUGUCUUUUUGGCCUUUUUUUAGAUUAUGGAGGGCAUGUUAAGCUCCAAUUUAAUUUUUUUAUUAAAGAAAGCAAAAUACAGUUUGAAAAAGGUUUAAUUUCUGACUUGAAAUUUAUGCUGGGAAGGCCACAAGCUCCAAAUUCACAGCAACAGGGAGGGGAAAGGGGGUCGGGGUUGCUCCACACCUUAACCGUCCCUCCCACAGCUCAAAGGCGUAUAUCUAAUAAACCACUGCCGCUCUGCAGAAACUAUGUCCUAAAAAAAAGAUUGUUUUUUUUUAAUUAAAAGACCAUGAUGAUCAUGUUUAAAGUCUGAGUUUAACAGCAGGAAUUUCUGUUUUGUAUCAUUUUUAACUUUUCAUUUACUGAUUUUUCCAGGUUAGAGUCAAAUGUAGCUGCAGGAACUGCCCUUCUUUUGCCUGGUGGGGUUUCCUGCUCACUUUCUAAACUGGAAGCUUUUUAACUUAAAAAAAAAAAAAAGUGUCACCCGCCUUCAGGCUCAUUUUUUAGUAAAUAAACAGCUGGUGCGGUACGUCUUCCUCCCUCUGGUUUUCCCACAAGGUCUCUAGCCGUCAGACUGUCUCAUCCUUUUUCGCUUUUUCUGAGUCACUGGGGGCAACAUCUGUGCUGAUGUAAAUGCUGCCGAGUGUGUGUGUGAACAUACACCACACUCUCCCACACAUUGUUCUGGUAAUUCAGCAAAGCAGAGGUCAAAGUCUUCCAGCCGUCGUGGCUUCAUUUUGCCAUGUGAAGCGGGAGAACAGCGGCUCUCGGCCGCCAAGCAAGUCUCGGGCUGAACUUCAGCGAUUCCUAAGGAGAUGUGGACUUUCUCAGCGGAGCUGGGAGGAAGAAGGAGUGAGGAGGUUUCCGUGAAAGAUAUGGAGGGAUGAAAGGAAAUGUUGUUUUUAGAUGGAUUAUCAGAGGAAAGACGGGAGAAUUUUGAGCAGGAAGAUGUUGGAAGCAAGUUCCUAGAAAGUAAACUUUGUAAAAUGAGGCUUGGGAUGUUAUAAAAGUGCAGAAAAAAAGUAAGUUGAAGGUGAUGUUGGUGGAUCAGAGAAAAGAGCGAACGAGAGGAGGUCGAGGAGAAAAUGAGAGGUAAGCAAAAGCGUGCAUGAGGGAAGAGAGGCAGAGCUGUAAACACAAGGCAGUAAAGAAGAAAUGAUAGAAAGCUGCACAGCAGUUAACGUCUGACACACGGGAUGGAGAGGAAAGUUCACUCUGAGCUCAGGAGAUCUGGGAGCAUCUCAUCGGCUCACCAUGAGGAGUUGUAAGAUUGAGGCUAAGGAGGCUUGUGAUUGGCUUCGAGCAGCUGGAUUUCCACAGUACGCUCAGCUCUAUGAAGAUUCCCAGUUUCCAAUCGACAUUUCCUCGGUUAAAAGGGACCACGACUUUCUGGACCGGGACCUGGUUGAGCCUUUGUGUCGACGCCUAAAUACACUGAACAAAUGUUCAUCCAUGAAACUGGAUGUCAGCCAGCCCAAGAAGAAGAGUGAUGAUUCUGAUGAAGAUGAUCCACUGGCGAUCAGCAAAAGGUGGACGUUCGAGUGGAGCAGUCGACGCUGGUCUCGUCUGCAAGACUUCCUGUUGGACGGCACCAAUGAGAGCGGCCUGACAGGUCAAGGGGAGGGUCUUCGCAGCACAGUGAGCAGCGAGAGCGUGCUGACAGACCUGAGUGAGCAGGAGAUCACGGAGAUCUCCUCUCUCCACAGCGAAGACUCUGCCUCCGCCAUGCCGGACUCCAUAUCGAUGGCGUCCCUGUCCGCUUCCUACCACCCUCCCAAAGACCUUCCACACUACAACUCGCUCCCGAUCAAAAGUAGCCGCCAUGGACAAGGAGGGCGGAGUAAAGCCAAAGAGUUUCUGCGCCGCAUGGAAAUUAUGCGCACUUGGGGGCCUUCAACAAGGAGGAAGAGCUCAAAUCGCAGACCCCCACUGGUCAUCAGUGGACCGGUGUUACAGGGGGAGGAGCCACGGGCACUCCAGAUGCUUCAGUGCACACCCAUCAGCCAACUGGAACACAAUCACCAAAACGAUGUGGAUCCUUCCCCUGUCUCCCUCAACAAGGACUGCGAGGAUCAACCCCCGCUGAGUGGUGACCCCAGCAAUACGGAUGAGCCGCUGAUCGCAGUGGAGCCAGUGGCGCCCGCACGACCAAAACCCCGGCCUGCCAGCAAGAGGAGCAGCAUGUACUUGGAGGAUUUGGAGUUGCCUUCUCAGGGAAAGAGGACCGAAGGCCAGUUUGGUAAAAACCAGUUCCGUUCGUAUGAAAACCUCCUCAUUCACAUCCCUAAAGACCACAAGCCGGGCACUUUUCCUAAAGCCUUAUCCAUAGAAAGCCUGGCUCCUUCACCCGACGAGAGGAACAAUGGUCUGAAAUCACGCGGCAAAACUUCUUCUCCUAAAAAUAGUCUGGGUGAAGGCUGGUGUGCCAAACCUCUAACCAAACCCCCGUGUCCCGGGGCUCCUCGGGGGAGCAGGGUGAGCGUCUACGACAACGUGCCCGGCUCCCACCUGUACGCCAGCACCGGAGACCUCCUAGACCUGGAGAAGGAGGACAACCUGUUUCCCCACCUGGACGACAUCAUCCAGCACGUGAGCGGCCUGCAGCAGAUCGUGGACCACUGGAGCCGCGGCGUGCUGCCUGAGGGGGAGGCGGGGGAGGAGGAGGGGGAGGGCAGGACCACCCCCAGCGAAGGCGAGAAGGACGGGGUGUCCUUCAACGACACGGACUCGACGGGCACAAGCAGAGAGAGGCGGGACUCUGGAGUCGGUGCCUCGCUCACACGACCGCGCGUUCGAUGGCCCAGCUUCCGAACCUCUCAUCAUUUUGACCAGCCAGCGUCCUCCCUCCAGAUCAGCAGCCAAUCAGCGGGCCAGCUCAGCCUGCUGCAGAAGUUCUCGUUGCUCCGCCUCACCGCCAUCAUGGAGAAGUACUCCAUGUCAAAUAAGCAUGGCUGGACAUGGUCUGUGCCUAAGUUUAUGAAGCGGAUGAAGGUGCCAGACUACAAAGAGAAAAGUGUGUUUGGAGUCCCGCUCAUCGUCCACGUCCAGCGCUGUGGGUUUCCCCUCCCUCUGUGUUUACAGCAGGCCUUCAGCCACCUCCGAACACACUGUCUGGACCAGGUGGGACUUUUCCGCAAAUCGGGAGUGAAAUCCCGGAUUCAGGCUUUGAGGCAGCAGUGCGAGUUGUCUCCUGACUCGGUGAACUAUGAGGACCAGUCAGCGUACGACGUUGCUGACAUGGUCAAACAGUUCUUCAGGGACUUGCCCGAGCCUCUGCUGACAAGCAAGCUGGGAGAAACCUUCCUCCACAUAUAUCAGUACGUUCCAAAAGAGCAGAGGAUGCAGGCUGUCCGAGCUGCCAUUCUGCUGAUGCCAGAUGAGAACAGGGAGGUUCUGCAGAUGCUGCUCUACUUCCUGCGGGAUGUCACAUCCUUGGUGGAGGAGAACCAGAUGACGCCGAUGAACCUGGCGGUUUGUCUGGGGCCGUCCCUCUUUCAUCUCAGCAUAUUAAAGAACGAGACUCUGUCACCAAGGUCAAUCCAGAAGAAGUACGCUUCGGGUCGUCCCGAUCAGAAAGAUCUGAGUGACAACCUGGCUGCCACGCAGGGGCUCACGCACAUGAUCACAGAGUGCCAGCGUCUCUUUCAGAUCCCAGAGGAGAUGGUGACCCAGUCUCGGAACUCCUACAUGGAGGCUGAGCUGAUGGUGCCUCCGCUGGAUGAGCUUUGCAAGGCUCACGAAGAGGAGGCGGUAGAGGAAGUGGAAGACGAGGAUGAGGAGGGAUCCUACCACGCACACUUAGAAGGGCUGAUCCAAAACCUGCUGAAAGAGGCCAAAGAUAAGAGCAAAGCCUGGGUGUCCCGUCCUUUCUCUGACAACACUGAACUCGCAUCAAAAAAGAUUGAAGACGGCAACCCUUUGAGGCGCUGGCGAGUGUGCGUAGAAGUGUCGGCAGCUCCCACCGAGGUGCUGCAGCGGCUGCUGAGGGAGCGUCCUCUGUGGCAGAUGGACCUGCAGCAGGAGCGGGUUCUGGAGACGCUGGACAGACAGACGGACGUCUACCAUUUCUCCUGCUGCAGCAUGCCGCCGCUGCCCAGCUGUGACUACGUGGUACUGAGAUCGUGGCGCACAGACUUGUGUAAAGGCUGCUGCGUUUUGGUGUGCGUCUCAGUGGAGCAUGAAGACAGCCCCCGCUCCGCCGCCGUUAGAGGCGUCGUUUUGGAGUCGCAGUACCUCCUGGAGCCCUGUGGGACAGGAAGAACCAGGCUCACCCACAUCUCCAGAGUAGACCUCAGGGGGAGAUCUCCAGAAUGGUACAACAAGGCGUUCGGAUACCUUUGUGUAAACGAAGCCCAAAGAAUCCGCGCCUCUUUCCUCUCUCUGGAUGAGACGGGUGCUGAGGCCAAAAACUGAGUCUCAAAUGUCAACCUAAGCAGCAGACUUCAUAUUCUUCUUUCUCAUGGUGCUGAGCCACACUGGACUGAGUUUGUACACACAACAGGAGUUGUUGCCAUUUUGCUAUUCAUCAUAACUAUCUCAUGCCAAAGCAAACAAUAGAUUGUCAAGGUUUCAACA